AACUCUAACAUUUUGCCACCUUGCACGACAGCCUGACAGGAAAAUAUGUUUGACACUUGGACAUGCAACAUGACCAUUGUCAUGUAAUACAAAGCGCUUCUUUAUUUUCCUUUUAUAUAGAAAAAGUUAAUUUCAUAACAGCAUAUUGUGAAAAGUCAAACUUAAUUCAAUAUACCACGUUAGUCGUUAAAGUCAAAGACCAUUACUGUAAUACUGCUGCUUGGAAAAUUAGUGCCGCCUCUGGCCUCUCAUUUGUAACCAGGUAAUAAUGUGUUCCAGCCAUGCUUGUGAGAUCAUUUAAAUUUUAUAAUCAGAUGCAAUGGACUUUAAAGAUUGGUUGGAAUCAACCAAGGGUAGAUUUUCGAGUUUAUGUGACCAGGAGAAGACUGAGACCCUACAACACUUAUUAGAACUAUGUGGUUGUGAACAAUUGUCCUUCUUAACACAGGUGUACUUACCUUCUACCUGCCAGCUUGAUUUCUUUGCAGUUCUGCCUAAUGAGCUGUCACAUAAAAUCAUCAACUAUUUAGAUGUAUCCUCAGCAUUUAAUUCUAGACUUGUAAAUAGAACUUGGAAUAGGUUAGUAACAGACUGUAUCUCCCUCUGGUCCCGUCUGAUUUGGGAGGCAGGGUUGAAACAACCUCUAAAGAUAACAAGGAACCAUGUACAUACACUGGCAAAGAGAAUCAGUAGGAACAGACAUAUGGCAGACAGAAAAUCUAUAAGAGAACAGAUAAUCAAGCCGGCUAAUGUUAAUGUUACCUAUCUAUAUCUCAAUGGAAACAUGUUAGCUAUUGGUGGAGAAGACAGAUUUGUUUAUAUAUGGAACAUCAGAGUUAACGAACUGGAGAAAAUGAUAGCAGCUCAUAGCAUUGCUGAUCUGAACUUUGACAAGGAGUACCUCUAUACUGCUUCCUAUGAUAAUUCUGCUGCUGUAUGGAGCUUUGCUACUGAGAGCAUGUACUGUUUGUAUGCAGGUCACAUUAACGGUGUGAUGAGUAUCGAUGUGAACAGGGAAGAUAACCUCGUUUUGACUGGAUCAGCUGAUUACACAGUUAAAGUGUGGGACUUCCAUAGUGGUCACAUGCUCAAUUCUUUUUCAAAUAUCCAUUUUGGAUGGGUGAAAAAAGUAAAGUUUUUAGAAAAAUUGAAAGGUGAUAGACAUUUAGUGAUAUCAUCCGAUGCUAAAGGAAAUAUUUUCAUUUGGACUUUCCAGUUUGAACAUAACUGGUCGAAUGAAGUUGAUAUCUUAAAACACCUCCAGAGCUUUGUUUCACCGAUAAUCUUUGAUGACAAAACUUUCUGUGUUGUAUUGAAAUCUGCUGAGUCAACAAAAUGUACUGAUGAAAGUAUAAAUUAUUUUUCUAUAGAAAAUUUAGAUACAAGACCCACAUUUAAGUUGUUAAAGAGCAAACGUAUCACAAAUGUUAAGGAUAAACUAUUGAUUGAUGCUGGUCGUCGAUUUGCUGUUUUCAUGGUGAAUGAAGUUGAUGCCAUCAAUAUGCAGACUUAUUUUUAUAUUUAUGACAUAGAUAGGGAGAAUGUUUUACAGAGAAUUCAAGUUCCUAAAGAUAGAUGUGAGGGAGUUGCUCCAGUACCUAUCCUUGGAGACCGUGAUUGGCUAGAUGGAUUUACUGACAAUAACCAACCAAAUCUAUUAUUUAUAUCUGUAGAAAGACAAUUUGUGACAUUACAUUAUCUUAGUCAUAAUAAUAAAGUGUGAUUUUACAUUU